AUGAAGAUAGAGGAGAAUGGAGCAGUGUAUAAGGUGACGAUGACUGGAAAAUUCGAUCCGUUGAAACUCCAGAAAAAAAUGGAGAAGGAAUUGAAGAAGACAGUGAAAUUGAUUUCACCUAAGCUGGAUAUACAGGAAAGUGAGAUGAUCGAACACAAGUAUAAAUGCAAUGAGGUGAUAACUGCAAUUUAUUCUCUGUUUUCAGGUGCAGUUUUUCUUUCGCUGACUACUGCAGUGUUUAAACUUGCUCUGAACUACGACGAAUGUAACGAGAAGAUUCACAGAAUCAUCACUAGAACCGGAGGGUGCAGGAACAUGAAAAUGGACUGGGAAAACAAUUUGGUGACAGUAACUGGGACAAUUGAUGUGAAAUCCUUGGCAGAAUCACUGAGGUAUCACCUGAGAAAGAACGUCGAAAUUUUGAUGGUGAAUGACGGAGGUGGAGGCAGCGGCAUUGUUUACCCGAGAAGCAGAACGGUGACCGGAGAUCAUUUGUAUCGUGCUACAGAGUUGUUCAGUGAUGAAAAUCCAAAUGCUUGCAUUGUUCUGUGAACAAUUUUCUGGUAAGUGUUUAGAAUCUUUUCUAGAAGUACUAGUACUAGUAUAAUUGCUGGGAUGUCCGUUGAUUUUCUUCUGUCUGACUAAAAGGCCUACUUGUUGAGUACUUAGAAGGUUGAGAACUUCUCAUUCUAACUGUGAAUAUUAGAUGUGUAUGUCUAUUUUGCUAAUUCUCAUUGAGGAGAAUAUGAAACAAUCUCUUUUAUCCCGCAAAGUACAAAUAAGGUACAAAUAAUUUGUUGGAUUACUCUUCAAUUGAAAAAUUCUUCGGUUUCUCUUGAUCCAUACCUGGUAUACAGCAGCUGCCAAGCACAUCCUAUAUACGUUGCUGAGGCUCCCCUUCCCUUGGUAG